GUUUCUAUCAUAUUUGAUCUUAAAUUUUAGCAACUUUUUAUCGAUUUGAUAAAUCGUCAAUGAUCACCGAUGAAGAGCUUACACGAAGAAUGAGCGACAUCUCCGACAGUGUUUCGCGCAAUCUUUCACACUUCUCAGCAGAGCAGGAUAAAACUCUGGAUAAGAUUGCGAAGAUCGUCAGAGACGCUACGAGAAAGCAAUUACAAUCUUGCGAUCCUCGCGUGCUCGUUACAUGCAUACUGAGAAUCCUAUUGCAAUACGAGGACUUGCUGCACAUGGCUGGACUGUGCGAAUGGAAGCGUCGGCGAAAAUUCAAGACUGCUCAACAUUGCUAUUAUGUCUUGUUGAAGAAUUAUCUGCCGGAGAGAUCGCGGGAAGUCGUGCAGACGAUCGUGACAGCCAUCCAUGAGGAUCGACUCUGGAAAUUUGAGACUUUCUGCUUCGGAGUGGUGUGCAGUCUACUGGAUAUCGGCUUAGUCAACGGCGGAUUGAUCACUCAUGCAGUCUGGGACGUGUUAACGUCGCCAAAUAUUGGCGUCGAGGAGGCUCGCGGCAUCGCGAGGAUACUGUGCGAAUUUUUGAACAUGUACGAUUGGCCAGCGACGCUGGACACAGUGGCAGCGGUAGAGAGGAUGCUCAAACUCUUUCACGCCAGUAUAAUCGCACGAUCGACGACCACAGAUUCCUUGACGCCGCUCGUGAGCCUCAAGAAAAGCUUGGAGGUUUGUCUGAGAAACACCUUGAAGCAUCUGUCGAACGAACAAAUGUUGGUGAUUGUGCAGCACAUGUGUUCGUGGACGGUAGCCGCGGGCGCGACUGACGAGAUCAUCCUGGAAUUUGGCAGUACUUUGGAGUACGCCGCUUACACACAUCAAACGGGCCUCUACGAGCAGACUCUUACGCCGAUAAUCUUCCCGUUAUUAAUGCAAAUGGUGGGAUCGUCCAAUCGAUUGACAAAUCUACUAGGUAACCGGGUGCUACAGUAUCUACUAGAUCGCAAAGACAAUCGUGCGAUCUUCGACAUGCCUAGAAUCUUCUUCGAGCACACUCGUUUCAAUCUGCAUAUUGUAUCGUGUCGCAAGGAGGACGUACUGUUCUUCAAGUUGCACCGUGAAUUAUUACACGACAGCUUAUUGAAGAGCCUAGUGAAUCAUUCGAAUUCACGAAUGAAUUUGGAAAUGACAUAUUGUACAAUCUGCCUGAUCGCCGUUGAAGUUCCGUGCGGCUUUAUGGCCGCCGCUCUGGUCUGCCUCGCCAUGAAUCUGCAGGAGAUUAUUCUGCAGCGGUACGACAGUCAUUUGGAAGUGGCCUGCCAUGUGCACGCAAUGAUUAUCUCCAUUAUGUCUUUGCUUUGUUGGAUACACAAGGCCAAAGUGUUUUAUAACUAUGUAAACAGAAUUAUGAUGGAAAGAGCUCAGUGGGCGCCGCAUCUGAACCCUCCAAUUCAAUCCCAGUAUAACUUCGCGGUGCAUCAUAUUCUUUGGAACAAACCGGAACUGUUCUUCGUCGACUGGGAAGCGCGUUACGGCCUCUGGAAAUGCUUCCGUCUCUCCAAACAAGACGCUACCUCAUUAAUCACCUGAUGCAAUUUAUAUCUAAUGAUUCAUAAAUUCAGAUGUCUACAGCUUCAAGGAUUCGUGGAAUUAAGGAUUUAUUAAUAGAAGAAU